ACAAGAAACAAAGCUCAAGAAAACCUCAAAACCCUAAAUCUAAGAAUCAUCAAAGCUAUGAGAACAAGCAACCAUCUCAUAGGUUUAGUCAACUUCCUCACUUUCCUCCUCUCAAUCCCAAUCCUCGGCGGUGGAAUAUGGUUAAGCAGCCGAGCUAACUCCACCGACUGUUUAAGAUUCCUCCAGUGGCCUCUCAUCGUCAUCGGAAUCUCAAUCAUGGUCGUAUCUUUAGCCGGAUUCGCUGGAGCUUGUUACCGUAACAAGUUCCUUAUGUGGCUAUACCUAGUUGCCAUGCUUCUUAUCAUCGCCGCUCUCAUCGGUUUUAUCAUCUUCGCUUACGCGGUUACCGAUAAAGGAUCCGGUCGAACCGUGCUUAACCGGGGUUAUCUUGAUUAUUAUCUUCAAGAUUACUCUGGUUGGUUGAAAGAUCGAGUCUCUGAUGAUAGUUAUUGGGGUAAAAUAAGUUCUUGUCUUAGAGAUUCAGGUGCUUGUAGGAAGAUUGGAAGAAGUUUUAAUGGUGUCCCUGAAACUUCUGAUAUGUUCUUCCUUAGAAAACUUAGCCCUGUUGAGUCAGGUUGUUGCAAGCCACCAACAGAUUGUGGUUUUUCAUAUGUCAAUGAGACCGGAUGGGACACGAGAGGAGGGAUGAUAGGACCGAACCAGGACUGUAUGGUGUGGAGCAAUGACCAGAGCAUGCUCUGUUAUCAGUGUAGUUCUUGUAAAGCCGGUGUUCUUGGGAGCUUGAAGAAGAGCUGGAGAAAAGUAUCGGUGAUUAACAUCGUGGUACUUAUCAUUCUCGUUAUCUUCUAUGUUAUCGCUUAUGCGGCUUAUAGGAAUGUCAAGAGGAUUGAUAACGAUGAGCCGGCCGGUGAAGCUAGGAUGACAAAAUCACAUCCUAGUCAUUUCCACCUUUGAUCAAAAUUUGGUAUAGUUCAUUAUGGAAGCUUUGAUUUAUGUUUUCACUGGCUUGUGAUAAAGUUUUUAGUACUUU